GAUAGCCGCCCACACAUCAGGCACGUCCUCAAGGUUUAUGCAUGCACUUUCUAUACGUAUAGGUUAUUAAAUUAAUAAAACCAUAAAACCAUUAAACUACAUUGGGAUAUCUCAACAUACUGUAUUAGCGGCAUAAAAUAGCGCUACAAAGAAUCGAGCCAAAUUGAGGUUUAGUAGCACACGUGUUUUGCGUUGUCCUCUUGUGGCAUGGCUUGGUGCAGGUCAGAGGAGACCCAUGGAGAGGAGAACAGCAGUAUUAAAGCCCACAUAGGCGUUACUCCGAAAUGCGCUGAUGAUGGCAGAUUCUCAGAGAACAGCAGUAUUAAAGCUCACAUAGGCGUUACUGCGAAAUGCGCUGAUGAUGGCAGAUUCUCAGAGAACAGCAGUAUUAAAGCUCACAUAGGCGUUACUGCGAAAUGCGCUGAUGAUGGCAGAUUCUCAGAGAACAGCAGUAUUAAAGCCCACAUAGGCGUUAUUGCGAGCUGCACUGUGGCAGGCUUGCUCGUCGCCCUGCAUGCUGUUGCUGGGCCCUUCAUUGCACCCGCGCUGAGGAAGGUUUGCCUUCCCUUUGUGCCUGCAACAGCCACUCAAGUCAAAAACGUCAUGAAUGUUUUGCAAGCAAGAUCGGGAAGCCUUGUGGAUAUUGGAAGUGGCGAUGGACGAAUAGUCAUAGCUGCAGCAAAGGCUGGUUUCAGGGCAGCUGGCUUUGAACUGAAUCCGUGGCUGGUGUGGUAUUCCCGUUACAGAGCUUGGAGGGAAGGUGUUAGUCACUGCACCUCUUUUCACAUCGCCGACCUGUGGAAGGUCAGCUUUUCACAGUAUUCCAAUGUAGUCAUAUUUGGAGUUCCACAAAUGAUGGAGCAACUAGAAGCCAAGCUUCAGUCAGAGCUUCGGACUUCAGCUAUGGUUGUGGUCUGCCGCUUCCCCUUUCCCACGUGGACUCCUGAGUGUGGGGUUGGAGAGGGAAUCGACACUGUAUGGGUCUACCACGCCAAGACAUUCAAAUCUCAGGAAAAAAACGGCCGAAACUGCAGAACAGCUGUGAAUACUCUGUCUGUUAGACUAAAUGGACCUGUGGAACAUGUCUCUGGUAAUCGAGACUCAGUCCUUUUCUGUUUUUUUUAAAUUCUUUUUGAACAUUGGAUCAGUAAAGAAUAUCAAUACAAAUAUCUUGUCUUUGCAGUCUUCCUGUACACUAAAUAAUAAUUCUAGCAUCAGCUGAUAUUU